AUGUCUUAUCAACAAGAAGAGGGUCACGCCACUCCGCCGAGACAGUACACACUACAAGCGGGAAAGAUUGGAGCCGAAGAGUACAUUCAAAUCUCUGCCGUGGCCAUUCAACAAUCUCUAACUCUGAAAAAUAUGACUGAAAUGUUGAAUCUAAACGAAGUGAUUCCAAUAGAAAACAUCGACGCGAAAACGCUUCGGAAGGUUGUUCAAUUCUGCGAGCACCAUGCGGGGGAGCCAAUUCCUGUUCCAAAGUCUAACGCUUCCGACACUGUGAUUCCGGAUUGGGAUGCUGAUUUCUUGAAAGUUACCAAUGCGGAACUCUUCUUCCUUAUGAAUGCGGCUGACUACUUGCAUAUAGAUUUACUCAUGCAAUAUAUUGGCAAGAAAGUUGCUCUUACGGCCGAAGGAAAGUCUCCAAUGGGGAUUAGUAAGAUGUGGAAGAUUCCCACGGAUGAGCAGGAAAAGGAGGCAAGAGAAGCGGCAAAUGUGAAGAGAAUUCUGGCGGAUACAGUUGAGAAGGCGGCUAAAAAAACAGUUACUGGAGAGCAACAAGGCUCUGGAGUCUCUUCUUCACUAGAGCAAUAA